AACAAAACAAGAAGAAGAAGAAUAAAAGAAGAAGCAUGAAGUGUUGUAGGUUUGUUGCAGUGGCUUUGAUGAGUCUUCUGAUCACAUUGAAUUACACUGAGGCGGCUGGUGAGUGUGGUCGCAUGCCAAUUGGUCAAGCCGCAGCUAGCUUAAGCCCGUGUUUGCCUGCUACACAGAACCCGAGGAGUAAGGUUCCACCGGUUUGCUGUGCCAAAGUUGGUGCUCUUAUUAGAACCAAUCCUCGUUGCCUUUGUGCUGUCAUGCUCUCUCCUUUAGCCAAGAGAGCUGGAAUCAAUCCUGGAAUCGCAAUAGGUGUUCCCAAACGCUGUAACAUCCGCAACCGUCAGGCUGGCAAGCGAUGUGGACGUUACAUUGUUCCAUAAAUCCCUAUGGCUUCCCCGUAUUAUGAAGGAAUAAACAGCUAGCUGUUUGGAUCAAAAUGAAGAGGAGUUCUGAAGAUUUUAAUUAAAUAAAUGUUUUCACUUACCUUUGUAGAGGAGAAAUGUGAACUAUAGAAAUCCUUUUAAAAAUCUUUUUAACUUUCUAUUGCACUAUAUAUGAGAACUAAUAAUGCAUAUUUAUAUUAUGUACUAUGAGAUGGAUCUCUGUUUUAAUAAUGGUGAAAUUGUGCAUGUUUUGCUUCUGA